AUGUGUGACGACGAUGUGGCAGCGCUUGUAGUGGACAAUGGCUCCGGAAUGUGCAAAGCGGGAUUCGCUGGGGACGAUGCUCCCAGAGCAGUCUUCCCUUCCAUAGUCGGUCGUCCACGACAUCAAGGCGUUAUGGUGGGCAUGGGUCAGAAGGACUCGUACGUAGGUGAUGAAGCCCAAUCCAAAAGAGGUAUUCUAACGCUGAAAUACCCUAUUGAACAUGGUAUCGUUACCAACUGGGAUGAUAUGGAAAAGAUUUGGCACCAUACAUUCUACAAUGAGCUGCGUGUUGCCCCAGAGGAGCACCCAGUCCUUCUUACGGAAGCGCCUCUCAAUCCAAAGGCCAACCGAGAGAAAAUGACGCAGGUAUGCAAAAUGAGCGAUCAGACUUUCAACACUCCAGCGAUGUACGUGGCCAUUCAAGCAGUGCUGUCAUUGUACGCCUCGGGACGCACGACUGGUAUUGUUCUCGAUACCGGUGAUGGUGUCACUCACACUGUACCUAUCUAUGAGGGAUAUGCAUUACCCCACGCCAUUUUGCGUUUGGAUUUGGCUGGACGUGAUUUGACCGACUACAUGAUGAAAAUUCUUACUGAAAGGGGAUAUUCUUUUACAACUACGGCCGAAAGGGAAAUUGUUAGGGAUAUUAAGGAAAAACUAUGUUAUGUGGCACUUGACUUCGAACAGGAGAUGGCAACUGCUGCGUCAUCUUCAUCGCUUGAGAAGAGCUAUGAGCUUCCUGAUGGUCAGGUUAUUACUAUCGGUAACGAACGAUUCCGAUGCCCUGAAGCCUUAUUCCAACCUUCGUUCUUGGGCAUGGAGUCAUGCGGGAUUCAUGAAACCACCUACAAUUCCAUUAUGAAAUGUGACGUGGAUAUCCGAAAGGACUUGUAUGCAAACACCGUGCUGUCUGGUGGAACGUCAAUGUUCCCUGGAAUUGCAGAUCGAAUGCAGAAGGAAAUUACAAGUCUUGCGCCCAGCACCAUGAAGAUCAAAAUCAUUGCUCCGCCUGAGCGCAAGUAUUCUGUAUGGAUUGGCGGCUCCAUCUUGGCCUCAUUGUCAACGUUCCAACAAAUGUGGAUCUCAAAACAAGAAUACGAUGAGUCCGGACCAUCGAUUGUUCACCGCAAGUGCUUCUAA